AAAAUGGUCAAGACAGAGGAAGAUGCCUCAGAUACACCAACUGAGAAGGAGUUGUAUUUUCCGGCUAAAGUGAAGAUUAGAUGCCGCAUAGAAGUAGCGACAGAAAUCCGGGAUAGGUUGAGACCAGGCUCUGCUAGGUCGGAGUUAUUUCGGGGAACGUGUUUUGGACCAUGGCUAGAUGUACGAUCUACAUCUAUCGACUCGAGUUUACUCCAUCUGAUACUACAAACUGAAUAUACCCCGACCCCGGUCGUGCAUCAAGAUGCAUUAUUUUUUCAUGUUGGAGGUCAGGAGUUGCGGUUUGGACCUCAAGAGUUUUGCCUCAUUACAGGAAUGCGAUUCGGUCCUCAUCAACUUUUGAGACAACAUCGGAUGCACGUGGGGCCCAAUACGACAUUCAUGGGGAGGGUAUUUGGUCAUGUACAAGCUAGGGUAAAGGUUUCGGAUCUCAAAAAUGUCUUUGAAAGCUCUCUUGAUCAGUUAUCGGACGUUGAUGCCGUACGACUUUGUCUGCUGAUGUUGCUUGAGGUCGGAUUCAUGGGCUGUCAGUCUCAUCAUUUGGUUAACUCGGAUGCUCUAGAACUAGUUGAGGAUCUGGACUCAUGGAACACAUUUUCAUGGGGUUCAUAUGUCUGGAAGGUUGUGUACAGGCAGCUACAUAAUGCGCUGCCAAAACAGUGUGCCACUGAUUGGUGGCGCGCUAGCUGUCAAUUUUUUGAGGGCUAUGCUAAUGAUUUUUCACCGUUGUUGAAGAAGGCACGAUUAUCAUCGGUACCUCAGCCGUCGGUUAUGGUCCGUGAUCAGCUGGUAGGCAACAUUAGCAACACGGCUACUAUGCUUGUAGAAGACAAUACCGACAGCACCACCAUGCCCGUUGAUGACAUUGCCAGGACCAACACCAUGCCGAGCUCUAACAACACAACUAGUCAUCAAAAUACCGGGUGGACACGCCUCACUAGUCUAGACACACAUGUUGAUGAAGGAAAGAUUUCAUCUCAAUCCGACAUAAUUUGUGUCCAAGGGUACAAAGUGAAGCAAAGUGUUGCACCGGUUCUUGAGAACAUUUUCAAGAAACACGGUGACAUUGCAGCAGAUUGUGUAUUCAAACCCGUCUCUAUGAGAUCAUCUUUCCUUGAGAUCGUUUGUGAAGUUGUCGGUCGAAUUCAAACCAAUGAUGAUAUUGACAACAUGGAAGAAAUAGAACAGCAAGUGGUAGCUACAGAGGCAGCCAACAUUAAUGUGUCAUGGCUUCGAGCUCACUUGGAUGUCAUCCGCAAAAGGAAGGAGGCCAGCAAGAAGUGCGGUUUGCUUAUGGAAUUGAGAGUGAACACCGUUGUGGUUGAAAAAGCCGCCCAAAUGGAUCUGCGAGAGAGAUGUGUGGAGCUCAUGGCUGCGCAAGAACGGUUUGAAGAGGCUGAAAGAUGUGUGAGAGUACUCCAUCUUGUUAAUAAUAAUCUAAAGGACAGGAUCUUGGAAUCCAAAGGUAAUGUAGACUCAUUGGCAAGACAACCAGUUUUAUAGGAUAACUAGAUCAUGCUAGGAUGUGUAAUAGUUACAAUAUUGCCUGAAAAAAAAAACUUAUAUUAUCUCGAAUCAAAGGUGUAGAAGGCACAACUCUAGUAAAACUGUUGUACUUGAAACACCCUUUUCUCCUGCUCAUUUUGGAAAAUAUUUAUAGAGCGUUUCGAGUUUA